ACUGUCCCCUGGCAACCAUUCAGAGUGCUGGUUAUAUUCAUAUUAGUCCAUACCCCCUCUGUCUCCCUCACACAUACCCAGCUUCUCCAUCACUCGCGCCCUCUCUCCUCUCCUGUACAGCUCUUCCUCUGCUUGUGUGUGUUUGUGUGUCUGCAUGUGAGUGAGCUGCAUCAUUAGCACCUGGGACUUUACCUCCGCUCUCCACAGGGGAAGCUCCGACGCUGACAUUUUCGCCGAUCAGGGAAUCCUGCCGAAAUCUUUGAAGAGAGGCAGAGGAGAGGGAGGUCAACAUGGGCUCCAGCUCCUCUUCCUAUGCCCCUAAAACCAUUUACCUGGAUGUUGAUGGGAAAGUGCAAAAGGUGGUGUUCAGUCGGCACUGCAGUCCAUGUGACAUCAAGGAGCUCCUGUGUACCUCAUCUAACAUUCCCAGGACCACUGCCAUCAUGAUGGUUGACCCAGAAGGAGCCCUAGUCUCUAUGGAUCCCACCAUGCCCACCAACUCUCCAAACUCUCUGUACAAAGUUGUGCCUCUUUCGACUGGUCAGCUUGGAGAAAAGGAAGACAUGUUUCAGAAUGUGUUGUCCCAGGUGGCUGAACAGUUCAGCAGAGCCUUCCGGAUCAACGAGUUGAAGACGGAGGUCACGAACAGGCUAGCAAUGCUGGAGAAGAGAGUGGAAUUGGAGGGCCUGAAGGUGGUGGAGAUUGAGAAGUGUAAAAAUGAUCUGAAAAAGCUACGAGAUGAGAUGGCUUCAAGAGGUGGUGCCAGAGUUAACUGUCCAUGCAAAUACAACUUUGACGAUGGGAAGAAGGUCACUCCCAGACGAGAUGUCCCCAAUUACCCAAAGUACACACUGUCUCAGGAGACUGUUGAGGCGCUCAAGAAGCCGACAUUCGAUGUCUGGCACUGGGAACAUAACGAGAUGCUAAGUUGUUUGGAGUAUAUGUACCAUGACUUGGGACUGGUGAAGGAAUUCAACAUGAACCCCAUCACACUCAAACGCUGGCUGUUGGCGAUUCAGGAGAACUACCGUAAUAACCCUUUCCACAACUUUCGACAUUGCUUCUGCGUCAGUCAGAUGAUGUAUGGCAUGAUUAACCUCUGCAACCUACAGGAGAAGCUGACUCUCACAGACAUGGGCAUUUUGAUGACAGCAGCAGUGUGCCAUGACCUGGACCACCCUGGCUACAACAACACGUACCAGAUCAAUGCGCGCACAGAGCUGGCAGUGCGCUACAAUGACAUAUCUCCGCUGGAGAACCACCACUGUGCUGUGGCCUUCCAGAUCCUGUCUCUUCCUGAGUGCAACAUUUUUGCCAAUGUGGAUCCUGAGGCCUUCAAACAGAUCCGACAGGCAAUUAUCACCCUCAUCCUGGCCACCGACAUGGCCAGACAUGGCGAGAUACUAGACUCCUUUAAGCAGAAAGUGGACAACUUUGAUUUCACCAAUGAGGAGCAUGUGACAUGUCUGAAGAUGGUUAUGAUCAAGUGUUGUGACAUUUCCAACGAAGUGAGGCCAACUGAGGUAGCUGAGCCAUGGGUGGACUGCCUAUUGGAGGAGUACUUCAUGCAGAGUGACAGGGAGAAGUCUGAGGGUCUCCCCGUGGCUCCCUUCAUGGACAGAGACAAAGUCACCAAGCCCACUGCUCAGAUUGGAUUCAUCAAGUUUGUCCUCAUCCCAAUGUUUGAGACGGUCAUGAAGCUUUUCCCUCAGAUUGAGGAGAUCAUGGUUCAACCUCUGAGAGACUCUCGUGACCAUUACGAGGAGCUGAAACAGAUCGAUGAUGCCAUGACAGAGGCACAGAAGAAAAAAACUGAAAGUAUAUCAUUAGGCGGGAAGAAGAAGUAAGCUCUGCAGUGAGUGAGUGCAGUGGUUUCUGUGGAUCCUCCUUUGUGAUUAAACUAAGGAAAGACUUGUGAGGGAGGCCUCGGUAAAGGCGUUCCCAGCUGCGUUGUGAAGAGGACAGAUGGGUCUGGAUCAGAAGGAGGAGAAAAGAGACUGCUUGGCUGCAUACUGAACUAAAUGUAGACGUCAAGGUGGCAUGUCUUGAACUUUGACUUAGACUUUUGCACUGGAUGUAACAGAGAGGGACCUGCUGACCUCUCUGCAUGUGUAUGCUGUUUGUACUGUUCUUUUUAGUCUACUUUAUUUUAUAGUAUUUCUUGUGUUCUACCCUUUUGUAGAAGGAUAAUAAUGCACUAAAAUGGGUUGUUUUCAGCAAUCCAUGUUUGAUUGUUAUGGCUCAUCAGAAGUCUGUGUGUUUUCUCUUACCUUCAACACUUUUCAAUACAAUAAAGCCACAUAGGGGCAUAUAUUUUCCAAGGUGCAACAUAUUGUGUCUUGUACUAUUGUUUAUUAUCUCACAAUAGAUGUGAAACUCUGUUUUAUAGGCCAGUUCAUCACCUGUGAGUCUUUAUAUAUAAUGGGUUUCAGAGUCUUCGGGGGGUUAUCCAUAGUGAGACAGUUACUUUAAGUGAUAAAAAAGAUUAAAAAACAACUAUAUAAUGUAUAACAACAAUUAUAUAAUGUAUAACUUAAACAAGUCUGAGAAAUACGAGUCCAAGCGUUAAAAUAAAAGCUGACCUGUUGACCUGCUGACUUUAAUGACCAACUCGUGAAAAUAUUUGAUAAAAUGCAUUGAUUUUAAUACAUCUAAUGGACACAAUGAUCCCACAAUGAUUACGCUAUAAAAUGUCCCCCUCAUGUGUGCGUUGUAUACCCCCCCCCCCCCCCCUGAUGUGAAACAUGUUCAAUAUUCCUUCCUGGCCUUGGAAGUUGUAGUUUAACAAAAAUAAUCCAGACCUUCUCUUGAGAUUUCAGCCGUAACAUGAUCUUCAUCCACAGAUAAAGAUUGCUCAGUUGUCAUGGGGAUGGAUCUGUUGCCAUGCAAUCUCAGCAGCUGUUAUGAUUUCAUCCAUUGCACUUUUCAUCCAUUUUAAACGCUCAAUGCCUGCUUGUCAACGAAUCUAUCACCAUUACAACAGAGCAUACUGCAGUUGCUGAUGAGGAUCGUGUGAUAAAAAGAUCUGGAAAAAGCUUGCAGAUGAACCUUGAGUUAAGACUGAUUUUUGUAUAUGUUGAUUACUGAAACACCGUGUUAUUGCACAGAAGCUAUAAAAGAACAAACCAAGAGCCCAUAUAGACAAGUGGUAACAUUUCACUUUCGAUUUUUCCAUUUAGUUAAUGAGUUCAAAAUGGUGGAAUGAGCUCCCCAUUGAAAUCAGGACAGCAGAAAGCCUAUCUUCCGGCGCAGACUGAAAACACAUCUCUUUUGACUCCACUUCGAGCGAUAGAAUUACUAACAAAGAAUUUCUAACAAAGCACUUGUAUACUAAUAAAGGACUGGCUUAUCUAAAGCCAGUUGAGUAGCACUUGAAAUGUUUUGGCUCUAUGAAACCUGAUGUACUUAUAUGAUUCUGUUUUCUUCAAGUUUGUAUCUUCUUGGUCGAAUGCACUUAUUGUAAGUCGCUUUGGAUAAAAACGUCAACUAAAUGCAAUGUAAUGUAAUGUAAUGUAAUAACAUCUGUGCAGCAUUCCAGUUUCUUUUUCUUCCCUAUCAUCAUGAUUGGAAUAUACAUUUUGAUUGCCACAUUUAAGACUUGAGGGCAAGAAACAUGUUGAAAUAUGACUAAUUAUCCAGGCCUGUAACACCCACAGGUGCCACUUAUCUCAGCCUGCCCCACGUCCCCCUCUCUUUGCAGCUUCCCUUCGAGCAAUAACAGAUCUGGGUGGUUUUCCUCCAGCUACUCCUCAGUGAUUUUAUUACUUUUCUUUGGCAACAUGAUGCGAAUAACUUGUGAGCGGUUAUUACCUCACCUGUUGGUCUCCCCUCACAUACACUGAAUACCACCCACAACGCUCUGAUUAAAUUAUGAUAAAUAAUCUGUUUGUUAUCCUUCACUUUUCUAGUCUGUAGCUUAAUUUGAUCAAUCUCACUAGGUAUUCACAUGUUGGUGGUCUGAUUGGUUCUUUUAAAUUAGCAUGAUCGUUUGGUUUGUGUGCAUACUGCUGCAAUACUUGUGAGUUGAUGAUGAUCUCAAAGCAAUAAAAAAAAAAACAGUAGACCACAUGUUUGUGUUGCUAAGAUGAGAGAAUUAGUAGAGAGUGAUUGUUGUUUUAAUAAAUGCAUUACUAAUUUCUUUCCACAUAGCGUGACAGAGUGUAUUGACAUUCACCUGCAGGAAUGCUCUGAUUAAAAUUGACAUGCCAAUGAUUAAAGCCAUAAAUAAUU